AGCCCUGUAAACAUGCAGUGGUUGGGCCAACCACGGAAAAUCGUCAUAGGAAAAUCGUUGUUGGGCCAUGGUUGGCCCAACUCUAAUUAACAUGUACUAUAAAUGCAGUUGUUGGCCCAACGUCGAACCAACCAUAAGUUAACGCCAGCGACAUUUCUGCAUUGGCCCAAUAACGAUAAAUAUGUACUUUAAAACAGAUGUUGGGCCAACGUUUGACCAACGAUACAUUUUCGUCAAAUAUAUUAAUUACUGCACCUGACCCAAAAUUUAUUUUUUUAAAGACAGAUAUGCAUGUAGAUAUUUUACUGUAUAUAAACAGUACACUACAAUGAGUAAAGACUAAAGUUUAUAAUGUUUUUUGAAGCCAUGUUCAAUAUUGUCACAUUCAAGAAAUACUCAUAUAAAUUAAAUGAGAAAUGUAAGAAAUAUUACUUUUUGAGUCUAGAAAUGACCAAAGUCCAGGCUAUGCAGUAGUAGGGGAUAUGUAUCAAUAUAUCUAUAGAAAUCUUGAAGAUCUGAUGUAUAAUCUAAAGUAAUUAUACAUGUGCUGGAAUAACCAUAAUAAACCUCCGGAAUCUUCCACUCUGAACUCUAAUUAACCUCUGGUUAUGUUAUCAAUGAAUGAAAAUAGGAUCAUUUUGGCACUACCCAUCCUUUCCCUCGAUUGAUUUCGAAGCUGCGUGGACGUGUUUACAGAUAAAGAGCUAAAUAAAUUUGUAUUAGACUGCAAUUUCUCAACACUGAAAAAUGUAAGUAGAUCUAGAGUUUUUUACUUUAAUCUUUUAAAUAAACCCUUCUAAUAUUAAGUUAGUUAUGUAUUUAAACCUGCAUUUAAAACCUGUUAUACUAUCCACGUGACCAGGUCAUGUGAUUAAUACAAAAUGGCGGAUUGGUAAAGGAAAAUACUUUGAUGUUUUCAGACAGCAAAUUUAUGUCUAAUUGGGAGAGCAUUGUUCGCCAUGUUAUGUCUCACACUUUGUCUCAGGAAGUUGCCCUUGAAUACAACUGGGUUGGAAAAGGCUCGAAAAAACCAUUCGAAAAACUUAGACUUAAAAAAGUCACAUUAGAUGCUUUAAGAGGAAGAAGACAGGGGUCUACUAAUAAUGAAAUCGAGAAGACAAUGAAGGAGUGCCUAAGAUAUGCCAAGGAUAGGGAAGGCGGGCGGAGGAAGAGAUUGACUAAAAAGUUGCAACAACAAAGAGAUGAAAAUGAUAUGUGAACAACAUUUAGUAAUAAAUUGUAGUAAUUAGUAAA